AUGUCUCGAGAGGCAGGUUCAUGCCGAGUGGGCACUGGGACAAGGGCACGGUCACGGAAGCCCAAGAAGCCACACUACAUCCCGAGACCCUGGGGGAAGCCGUACAACUAUAAGUGCUUCCAGUGCCCCUUCACCUGCCUGGAGAAGUCACAUCUCUAUAACCACAUGAAGUACAGUCUGUGCAAAGACUCCCUCUCGCUACUGUUAGAUUCUCCUGACUGGGCGUGCCGCCGAGCACCACCCUCCCCCAGGCCUCGGGUGCCCACCCCCAACUGCUCCACAGACUUCUCAGACUCUGGUAGCCAGCCUGACAGCCUUUCCCAGCGUCGUUGUGGCAGGGGGCCCAAACCUGUGCCAGAGGAGUCCCCAGGGUCACUGCCCCCUUUGGCUAGAGCCAUCCGGAAGGGUCCAGGCCCCAGUGGUCUCUUGACAGAGUCAUGGAAGCCAGGGCUAAGUAGUGGUCUGAUGAGUGGGGCUCUAGGGGCUGUAGCUUCAUCAGGCUCUGAGAGUAGUGUGCCCUGCUACCCACCACCUACCCAGGGAGAGUUCCCUGAAGCCCAGAGCCUCCAUUUGUCAUUGCUGGGUGUCAACUACCCUCUUGGUCCAGGCCUCUUCUCUUAUCUGGGGCCCUCACUGGCUGCUGCUGCAGCCCACAUGCCAUUCCUAGCCUCAGCAAGCCCCUUGCUGCCCCCUGCAGCCUUCCCAGCCCCACAGACACCCGAGCGCCCAGGCCUGGCUCCCCGCCUGUACUACCCGCUGCUACUAGAGCACAACCUAGGACACCCAGCAGGCAGGGCUGCCCCUGCCAAGUCCUCUGUGCCCCUCAAGGGGCCUCCUGGGGCUCUGGCUGCCCCUAGGCUGCUGAAGGUGCCUGGGCCUGGGCCAGGGGCACCCUGGCCCCAUGGCACUUCCAGAGACCCAGGGCAUGAAGGAGAGCUGGAACGAGUGGCUCAGAGCAACCAGCAGAAGAGGCUGCCCCCGGGCAAUAUGCCUGAGCUCCCAAAGGCCCCCUUGAACCUGGCAAAAUUUGGCUGUCAGAGCAGCCUGCCAACAGGGUCCUCCCUGAUAUUCUGGCCUGAGGACAAGGAGCCAGGUAACCCUGAGGCUCCAGGCUCUGAUGUCCACCUUCUGCAGCAACCACAAGGCCAAGUACUGGGAAGUCCGGGUCCAGUGGGAGAGGACCUGACCCAGGCCUUUGGUGACUACGCCAGGGUGGAGCAGUGCUUGGGGCAGCUGGCACCGGCUGGGGAUCUAGCCCCUAGACCCCUACGGGAGCAGCUUGGCAAGAUUCGCCGUGAGCUGUUCACCAUCCAUCAGGCACUGGCCCGGGCAGCUCGGCCACUGGACACACCCCUGGACCUUUCAGUGAAGCGGGUGCCUACCAAGGGAACUAAGGCACCUGCAGACCCCUGGGGGCUGCCUGAACCAAGCCCCAUGCUGGCAAGGGUGGCCUCUGAGCCCUCCGGCAUCCUGGGCCCUGUACUGGAGCCUUUCUCCAGCCAUACCACCAAGUGUGAGGCAGACUCCAGUGUCCCACCUCCUGUCCUCCCUCUCCAGGCCCCUGAGGACCAUGUAAUUCCUGGUAGUGGCUGGGGCAGUCGUCUUGGGGCUGGCAGUUCCCAGACCCCUAAAGAUACCCCAAGUUUGCAGAUCCUCCCAGGCACUGAGGUCUGUCCACAACCACCUUAA